GAUCGUGAACGUAGCGUGCAAUUUUUAUCAUGACGGUAUUCAAAGUAAACAAAGCUCAUUGCAUUUAAAACAUUUAUGCCGACACAAAACAGUCUUGCAUUAUUAUAAUUUUAUUAUAGUAUUGAUAUUAUUUUUAAAAUGUCGCAAGAAAAGUUUGAAUUACGUGUAAUAACUUAUAUGUGUCCCUCGCAUCCAGUGGCAAUGUAUGAAUUAAUCGUGGAGUUAUUAGAAAACGCUUUAGAUUGUCACGCUACAUUACAGUACGAAAGUCGAAGUUCGGGUCCGAUAGCAGGACGCCCGGACCCUUUUACGAAGGAUAAAAUUGAUUUAGCGUUCAUGUCAGCAGCGGCAUAUAUGAAGCUACGGAGAACAGAAAAUAAAUUUGUCGAAUUGCUCCCGGUCACUCCGGUGUUCGCCCACCAGAUGAACGUAGAGAACAAGCCCGGCUACUUCUCAGACGUUAUAAUCCAUUGUGAUAAAAGGGCACAUAACGUUAAUACUUUGUUAGAUCUAAGAGGUUGCACUUUUGCGUACAGUGACGAAGAAUCUCUUAGUAGCAGUAAAAUUGUGCUUAAAACACUAAAACAGAAAGGAGAAAAUGCAUCAUUCUUCGGAUCGCUUCUAAGUAUAAAUAUUAUAGUACUAUUAAAGAACUUUCAACACAUUUAUGCAUGUUUUAACUUUAUUCUCAUUGUAGGAUCCGGAUCACAUUUAGCAUCUGCGCAAAUGGUGCUGUCUAAACGAGCGGAAUGGGCCGCAGUUGAUUCAACAACACUACUAUACGCUAAAAACUUUCUGGAAGAAGGUGGCAAAGACAUUAUCACAUUAGUAACACUAGGACGUUUACCGCCCUAUCCUAUCGUAAUCAAUUCAAGGAUCUCAGAUCACGUAAGAAAUGGUAUAAUGAAUGCCUUACUUAAUUUAACACAAUCAACUGCAUGGAAAAGACAUUUUGCCAAAUUUGGUCUAAUAAAAUUUGAAACCAACAGCAAUGGUGCUUACGAUGGGCCGACUGCACAGAUGUGGUCCAUCGCGAACGAAAAACUCAAUGUUAGAUAUUAUUAGAUUAUUAUUAGUUGUAAGUUUAAUCUAUGUUUUAUAUAUCUUGUACAUUGAUUAUACACCAAAAAACUAAAAAAAAUUACUAUUAAAAAAAGCUCUUCUAUAUUUUUGUAUUCUGUAACAAUUACAUUUAACAUUUUUAAUGGUCUUGUUUUUUAAUUUUUUGUAUCAUAUUUUUGCAGUAGAACUUUAAAUGAUACAAUAUCUAUCUUCUUUCCAUGAUGAAUAAAUACGUUGCACGGAAUUUUAGCAGUAAAA